UGACCAAUUGUUGUCAUCUAGUUGUAAACUGAAAUAUUCAUGUUGGGAAGAUAUUUAUCCACAUUCAGCUUUCCAGAGUAUUGGAUCUUCCACCAGAAAACUUGAUCAAGUCAAUAUCUGCAAUUCCAAUUUCGAGAAAACAAGAAGUAGCAGAUUUUCAGCUUUCUGUGGAUUCUCUAUUGGAGAACAGCAAUGACCAUUCAAGACCAGACAUUCAAGUUCAAGCCAUGCAACUGGCAGAGAAGCUAAAAUGUGAUACGGUAGUGAGUGAAAUCAGCACUGGUCAAGGAACUGUAAAUUUCAAAAUAAACAGAGAACUAUUAACAAAGACAGUGCUACAACAAGUAAUUGAAGAUGGCUCAAAAUAUGGAUUAAAAAGUGAGCUUUUCUCUGGUCUUCCGCAGAAGAAGAUCGUGGUUGAAUUCAGUUCACCUAACGUUGCCAAAAAAUUUCACGUUGGACAUUUACGUUCUACCAUCAUAGGAAAUUUCAUAGCAAAUCUCAAAGAAGCUUUAGGACAUCAAGUAACCAGAAUAAAUUACCUUGGAGAUUGGGGCAUGCAGUUUGGUCUUCUGGGAACUGGCUUCCAACUGUUUGGCUAUGAGGAAAAACUCCAGUCCAACCCUUUACAGCAUCUCUUUGAAGUUUAUGUACAAGUUAAUAAAGAAGCAGCAGAUGAUAAAAGUGUAGCAAAAUCAGCACAGGAGUUCUUCCGGCGAUUGGAACUGGGUGACAUGCAAGCACUUGCACUGUGGCAGAAAUUUCGGGAUUUAAGCAUAGAAGAGUACAUUCGGAUUUACAAGCGUCUAGGAGUACACUUUGAUGAAUACUCAGGAGAAUCAUUUUAUCGUGAAAAAUCUCAAGAAGUCUUAAAGUUGCUGGACAGUAAAGGACUCCUACAGAAAACAAUAAAAGGAACAGCUGUAGUGGAUCUUUCUGGGAAUGGUGACCCCUCCUCAAUUUGUACGGUAAUGCGAAGUGAUGGGACUUCUCUCUAUGCAACCAGAGAUCUUGCAGCUGCUAUAGAUCGAAUGGACAAGUAUAACUUUGAUACAAUGAUUUAUGUGACAGAUAAAGGGCAAAAAAAGCAUUUUCAGCAAGUGUUCCAGAUGCUACAGAUCAUGGGGUAUGACUGGGCAGAAAGGUGCCAGCACGUACCCUUUGGAGUAGUGCAAGGGAUGAAGACUCGAAGAGGAGAUGUUACUUUUCUGGAAGAUGUCUUAAAUGAGAUUCGAUUAAGGAUGCUACAGAACAUGGCUUCUAUUAAGACUACCAAAGAACUCGAGAACCCUCAGGAGACUGCAGAGAGGGUUGGGCUCGCAGCGCUCAUUAUUCAGGACUUCAGAGGCUUACUCUUGUCUGACUAUCAGUUCAGCUGGGAUCGUGUUUUCCAGAGUCGUGGGGACACAGGCGUCUUCCUACAGUACACGCACGCCCGCCUCCACAGUUUGGAAGAGACUUUUGGAUGUGGUUAUCUAAAUGACUUCAACACUGCUUGUUUACAAGAGCCACAGUCUGUUUCAAUUCUCCAGCAUCUUCUCAGGUUCGACGAGGUGCUUUAUAGAUCAUCUCAGGACCUUCAACCCAGGCACAUUGUCAGUUACCUUCUAACUCUAAGUCAUCUUGCCGCUGUGGCACACAAAACACUGCACAUAAAAGACAGCCCUCCUGAAGUGGCUGGGGCUAGACUUCAUCUUUUCAGAGCUGUCCGUUCUGUCCUAGCCAAUGGAAUGAAACUUCUUGGGAUAACACCUGUAUGUAGGAUGUAAUUUCUCAAUAAAAUGGCUUUUUAAAUGCUAAAUGAAUUCUAGUUAUCUAGACUUACGCCUUGCUGUUUAGAAUUUAAACUAUUAUUCCGUGUCAGAAUCUAUAUUUUAUUGUCUAUGUGAUUUAUCAACUUAUUAAAUCUUUAUACUUAAAAAAAAUCAUCUGCGUUUCCUCAUAGUCAAUAAGUAUUAAAUAGACUUGUAAAACUAAGUUUAUUUUUUUAAGAUUCAUUGUGGUCUAAUGGGAUUAAGUAUUAGAGUUUAAACUCUGAGGUUUCUCACAGUGUCCUUCAAGAAACUGUUUUAUAACUGAGAUUAUCUAAUGUUUUCAUCAAAUACAAUUGAUGAGGAAAAAAAAAAUCUCAAUUUUCUUGUAGUGAUGACUAGUUCUGAAUAAAUUUAGGGAGACCAAUAUUAAGCCUUUUUGCCAAGACAGCUGACAACUCCCAGAGAAGAGAUCUCGUACUUAUCUUUUCGUUGAUAUAUACAGGUAACUCUUACUAGGUGAACUCGGGAACUGAAUACAUUUGAAUAACAAGGAAUUACUUGUACAGGUAUUGUAUUAGGAUCUUUUUGUAAAAAUUAGUUAAACCACAAUUUGAAAUGGAGUUUCUUAAACCAUUUACUUCAUGUGUCUGCAUAAUAGUAAAGCAUAUUUUGUGUAACUUGUUUGGGUAACAUGAGUAGUUUGUGAUGUUUGAUCAGUACAGCUUUCCUCUCCCGGCCUUUCCAUUUGGGUCUGCUAUAAUUUAUUUUAAAUGUUGCUACUAGAAGUCUUCGAAAUACCAACAACAGUCUAUUUUUAUGAAUAGAAGCAAAUUAGUAUGAACCAAAGCUUCUCUAGUUGAAGAAACAGUUUUAUAUUAGCAAGUAUGGUAUACCUUCGUAGUCCUAAAAGGAGAUCAUCUAUAUAGUCUCAAUUUCAAGUGAGUUAGUUUCCAGAAUGCUAAUUUUCUAUUUAAAGUUAUCAUUAAGAUUUCCUUAGCACAAACCAGCCAUAGAAUAAAAGUGUACAAUUGGGAUGUGUUUUUCAUGUCCAAUAUCCUUUUCCACUUUUUUGGAGAAACGUUCCUCUUCCCAGAUCUGUUGUAGCCUCCUCAGUAUUAGAAUCUUGAGUGAAAUGACAGAAGGACAGUGAUGGUUAGAACAAAGUCUUUCCAAAAGCAGAUCCCUAAAAAGACUGUUCAUUAAUUCUGCAACCUACAGCCCUUAUAGCCUUGAUUGCAGUCCUUGUUAUAAACUCUUUAAUUUUCUUUUUUUUUUGCUUAAGGCUUACCGGAGCUAUUGGGUUGUCGGAAAAGUCAUGACGCAUUUUUGCGAGGAAAAACACAAAAAAUAUGUCAUGACUUUUCCGACAGCCCAUAUUAUUUGCAACCAAAGAACCUUAACUGAUAUAAUUCCAAUAUAGAGAAAAUUAAAAAUGUAAUGGUUUUGUUUUUACAUUAUCUUAAUGGUCGUAUCUACAAUACAAAAAGUGAUCUAACAGAUUUCAUAUAAAUAAAGUUUAUUGCUGAAUUUCCCCAUUAACAUUAUAGAAAUUUUUUUUAAAAAACAGAAUUUCACAAAUUGAGAGCCCCACAUGUUAAACAUACUUU